AUGUCUGCAAACAAGGUUGAACAACGAUUGGCCUUUCUGCGCGAAGCUGAGCAGUUGAAAAAUGUUCUGCGGAGUUCUUAUACAUCCAACGGUCGGAACGAGAGCACAGCCGAGCAUUCAUGGCGACUUUGCUUGAUGGCGAUGAUAUUUGAAGAUGAGCUUACCAACCUCGACAUGUGCAAGAUUAUCAAACUCUCCGUGAUCCACGACCUUGGGGAGGCCAUCAAUGGCGAUAUACCUGCCACUAAUCAAAAAGAAUUCCCUAACAAGAGCGAAAUGGAACGAGCCGACAUGUUACAGUUGACAAAUUCGCUUGACGCCCCUGUCAGAGAUUCCAUCAUGGCCCUCUGGGAGGAAUACGAGACAGGAUCAACGCCGGAGGCUGUGGCGGUAAAGGCGAUGGAUAAAUUGGAAACGAUUCUCCAGCAUACCCAGGGCCAAAACCCCCCAGACUUCAAUUACGAAUUCAAUUUGACGUACGGCGAAAAGACUGGUUCCAUCACGAAGUACGGUCAUUUGACAUUGACUGCUACGAGUGUUUCGAAAAGGACCAUGAUGGAUGGAACCAAGAUACCAGUUCUAUCUGGAUUGAACAUGUACUCGGCCACGAAGAAAGAGCAGACACGGAUUGCUGCCAUUGUCAAUCUUUGCUGGGCGCUUCUGAGCCACAAAGGGCACACUAUUUCCCAAAGAGCCUUCCUCAAUGUCACUCAGUGA